GGUUCUCCUACUCUCAGAAUGACAGCAAUCAAGAUGGCGGUGAGCAAUAGAGAAAAGUGAUGAGGACAGGACAACAAAUAAUACAAGACUCAAUUUACAAUUUAUACCAUUAUUAUUUGCAGUGUUCUGCGAAAACACUGAGAAUUGUUCUGAUUUGUGCGUAGGGAGCACAGAGCCUAGACUGCGCUUCUAUUAAAGAUUUAUCUGGCUAGCUUGUUUGCAAGCUAUAUCAUCAUACGUUAGCUAGCUAACGAUAGUUGCCAUCUGCUGUCCGCGGAAGAGGCACAUUGAAGCUGAAAAGCAAUCAAUGUAGCUAUUUCAGCUGAUUUCUUGCGUGAUAGAUUUUAUUUAAUUCGGUUAGUAGUUCUAACGCAAGGUCCGGACAUUUACAGUACAGCAUUACAUUCUCCCCUGUUUUGGGCAAGCUAGCUCAUUUUGCUAGUUUGAUGUAACUACUAGCUAAGUGGUGUCAACUGAGUGAGAAUUUGUGCUACCUUUUUUAUUUGACGACAUGGCUCACUCCCCGGUUCAGGGUGGCAUUCCUGGGAUGCAGAACUUUAAAGCUGAUCCGGAGGAGCUGUUCACCAAGCUGGAGAGAAUAGGGAAGGGCUCUUUUGGAGAGGUGUUCAAAGGCAUUGACAAUCGAACUCAGAAAGUAGUGGCCAUUAAGAUAAUUGACCUUGAGGAGGCGGAGGAUGAAAUAGAAGACAUCCAGCAGGAGAUAACAGUGCUUAGCCAGUGUGACAGUCCCUUCGUAACCAAGUACUAUGGAUCAUAUCUGAAGGAUUCAAAAUUAUGGAUUAUUAUGGAAUAUUUAGGAGGAGGAUCAGCUCUGGAUUUGUUGGAGCCAGGUGCCUUGGAUGAAACCCAAAUCGCCACGAUUCUCCGAGAGAUCCUAAAAGGGCUUGAAUACCUGCAUUCUGAAAAGAAAAUCCACCGGGAUAUUAAAUCCGCUAACGUGUUGCUAUCGGAGCAAGGAGACGUGAAGCUGGCAGACUUCGGAGUGGCCGGGCAGUUAACAGACACCCAGAUAAAGAGGAACACGUUUGUUGGAACUCCCUUCUGGAUGGCACCUGAGGUCAUAAAACAGUCUGCGUAUGACUCAAAGGCGGAUAUCUGGUCACUCGGCAUAACAGCCAUAGAGUUAGCGAAAGGAGAGCCGCCCCACUCAGAGCUCCACCCUAUGAAAGUCUUAUUCCUCAUCCCAAAGAACAACCCACCUACACUGGAAGGAAACUACUGCAAACCUCUCAAAGAAUUCAUAGAAGCCUGUUUGAACAAAGAGCCCAGCUUUAGGCCAACUGCCAAAGAGCUGCUGAAACACAAGUUAAUCAUCCGACACGCCAAAAAGACGUCCUACCUUUCAGAGCUGGUGGAGAAAUACAAAAGGUGGAAGGCAGAGCAGUCUCGGGAGGAAUCCAGCGAAGAUGAGUCCGACUCGGAGCAAGAUGGCCAAGCGUCUGGAGGGAACAACUCUGGAAACGAUGACUGGAUCUUUAACACCAUCAGGGAGAAGGACCCGAAAAAGUGCCAGAAUGGAGCCGCCCAGCCUGACGAGCUGGACCGGAACAAGAUGCAAGACAGUCCAAAGAGACCUUUGUCACAGAGCUGGUCCAAUAUCAUUUUGCCUUUGUUUACUGAGUUAAAAGAUAAGCAGGUUGAGGCAACUAAUGGCAAGCCAGAGGCUUUGGAUGAGCUAAGGGAAGCUAUUUUGCUCGCAGAAAAGUCGUAUCCUGGCAUAUCUGACUCCCUGGUGUCAGAACUAGUGCAGAGACUACAGAGGUUUUCUCUACCCAGGGCCGCAUCAUCUUCCCAGUGAGGCCUGUUGUGUCCCUCCCCCCUCCCUACAUCCUCCCAGUGAGGCCUGCUGUGUCCCUCCCCCCUCCCUACAUCCUCCCAGUGAGGCCUGCUGUGUCCCUCCCCCCUCCCUACAUCCUCCCAGUGAGGCCUGCUGUGUCCCUCCCCCCUCCCUACAUCCUCCCAGUGAGGCCUGUUGUGUCCCUCCCCCCUCCCUACAUCCUCCCAGUGAGGCCUGCUGUGUCCCUCCCCCCUCCCUGCAUCCUCCCAGUGAGGCCUGCUGUGUCCCUCCCCCCUCCCUGCAUCCUCCCAGUGAGGCCUGCGGUGUCCCACCCCCCUCCCUGCAUCCUCCCAGUGAGGCCUGCGGUGUCCCACCCCCCUCCCUGCAUCCUCCCAGUGAGGCCUGCGGUGUCCCACCCCCCUCCCUGCAUCCUCCCAGUGAGGCCUGCGGUGUCCCACCCCCCUCCCUGCAUCCUCCCAGUGAGGCCUGCGGUGUCCCACCCCCCUCCCUACAUCCUCCCAGUGAGGCCUGCGGUGUCCCACCCCCCUCCCUGCAUCCUCCCAGUGAGGCCUGCGGUGUCCCACCCCCCUCACUACAUCCUCCCAGUGAGGCCUGUGGUGUCUGUCAUCCAAAGCCAACAUGAAGUCUCCCAGGAAGUCCUCCAUCAGUCACUAGCCUGAAACAGAACCACAACCCAGUUUAUUUCUACUUGUCCACGUUAACAAUGUAUUUUUGGGGGCCGUCGGUGGUCUGCUGACACCUUGACUUCUACUUGCUGUAGAAGACAUCUUAGUCUCAAUACCUCCAACAUGAAUGCAGUAUUUCCUUUUUUGGAGGUGGGGGUGCAUUGAAGCAAUGGUCUUAAAUGGCCAUUGAUUCAAAAGGUUGGUGUGGCUUAUGAAAGGUCUACUAUACACAGCCUUUCAGGGAGUAUCUAACUUUCUUAAGUGUGUGUGUGUGUGUGUGUGUGUGUGUGUGUGUUUCUGUAAGUGAGUAUAACUCCCUUGAUAUCCUGUGAAAUGUGCGGUGGAGAUUGAAGCAUUCUUUUGAAAACUCAGGUAUCCUGCUUUUAGUAGAUGGGGUCCUCUGGGAGAUGGAGAGAGCUCUUGGGUAGCUGUACAAACGUGUAAAUAGGCAAAUUUUUACAGAUAUUGAGAGAUGGAGUGUACGCAAAGGAAUCACUGUGUACAAUGGCCAAAUGCUUCUAUAGAUAUAUUCUGUUAGAAAAGAUAAUAUUUAAAGAGAGACAUAAAUGGCCAUAAUUGAGAUUGCCUUGCCUUUAUUACUUUUUCUUUUGUAUUUCUCAUGUCUUGGAUUUCCUCAUGUUUUCAAGGACAUUCAUCCAUUCAAUGCCCACUACCUGUUUUUAUGUUAAUUGAUAUGUUGUUACUUUAAAUGCUCUUUGACCUUAAAUUUCACACUCCAUUUUAUUGCUGUUAUUGUAAUGCAUUGGAGACCAUAGUGUUCCAGAUGGACCACGCGUAACCCUCUCCAGUCCACACACUGGAUUCUAUGUUCCCAGCCCAUCUUCAUGACACCACAUGGUUUCAAGAUGAAGAUGACAUUUGGAUUGUUGUCACUCUGUUUUUCUGCUGUGUUUUAGAUGAGUGCUUUAGUUCUGCUGACCAUUUACCCUUCUCCUUUUAUUUUGUACAUAGCAUUAGUUCUGCUACUUCAUCGUUAACAGACACAAGUCUUCCUGGGAACUGCAGUGGUACAGUCUAUUCCCUCUGUACCAACAGCUUGAAUUGCACUUAGAAAAUAAAUGCCUUUUAUCGUAGACAAAGUAGCCAUAAGACAGUAGCAUGAUAAUUAUUAUAUAGGUGUGUGUCAUGCUACCUGAGACCGUCACCUGAAGCAGCACCGCUUGGAGAACAGUAUAACAAGGAUAAUCUCCUGCAAGUCUCCAGUAACAGUAGGUUUAGUCGAUUGCAGUCGAAGUGCAUUUAAAAACAAUCUUCACAGUAUAUGCUAUAAAGUAUAUGCUUAUAGACCUAAAAAGUAGCAGAAAGCCAGCCGCUAUGAGAAAAUUAUACUAUACUUCACUGCUGCCACUAAACUUGGUGUAGUUUCAAACGAAUGUGCAUGAAAAACAUCUGUGAACUGACCCACAGAGUAUGUGUUGUAGCAUACUACAGGACUAUAACAUGAUGUCCUCGACCUUGAGUGUUGAAAUCAGCCUUACCAUCUUUGUCGAGAACGGGGAGUCUCAGCUUUAAAAAAAAUUUGACCCAAGUGUUUUGACAUUUUUGGUCAGUCAAUUUUUUCAAUUUUUGUAAUUGGUUAAUAUCCUGCAGCUAAACAUGUAUGCAGCAAUAAUGUUUCAAAAUAAAUAAAUCAUAAGUGGUGAACUUUUAAUCCCAUGCUAUUUAAUUAAUGGACAAAUGAACGUGUUUGUGAGCUUUAAAAAAAAAAAAAAGUCUGGUGAGUUUUAGCUGCAUAUUAUUAUUAUUAUUAUUAUUUAUUUUUUUUACGUUGUAUCAGAUACUAUAGCUUCAUCAAGCACACUAGUUUGUGUUCAGUGGGUCUCUUAGGGAAUUUCAACAGCUACUGGGAACUUUAAAUGAGCUGUAUACACAACAAUUUGAGAUAUUUUGUGUUUAACUGAGGUUUUUCUCCACAGAGUUUUAGAGGUUUAAGAGUUGGAAUCAUGCUCGUUUAGUAGUGCAAGUUCAUCCCGCAUUCAUGUGUAGCUAAGUUGUAAGUAGCCUUUUUAAAUGAAAAAAUAUCCCUUUUAGAAUAAAAUCUAUCCUCUGGGGCUAUUAUCUACCAGGAUUUUGUAUAUUGGAGAGUAUUGAAGGCAUAUAAAUGUAUUAGAAUAGAAAAGCAAUUCCCACUAAAUUUGGUGAUUUGUCUGUUCUAUGUGUUCAUUCUUAACUGAUGGACAAAAUACAGGUAAAUAACUAAUGAAAAAGUGGCCCCUAAGGUCAAAGCAGGAUAUGUAGGAAGGCACUACACUGCAUGUUAUAUAUAAAUAACGUUCUUCAUUUUGUAAUUUAAUUAUUAAGAAAAACAUUCCCAUGUUAAUGUUCUCCAACUGGUUGCUAUGUCUCAAAUCCCGUGUUAAUACCCUAUUGUGAACAGUUUUCUCUGUUUCCAUCUAUCUCCAUUUAUCACUUGAAAAUAUGUGAGCCCAUAUAUUUUUUGGUUUUGUAAUUUGCACCUUGUGGAGACUGUCCCGUUUAUUCUUUAUCUGUGUUGCACUUUGUAAGCUUUUCUUCAGGAUUCGGGAAACAAAAUAAUGGUACUUGAGGCCAUCAUAUUUCUGUUGUUAUUUCAUACAUGAUUACUACUGUACCCUGAGCAUUGGCAAUAAACCAGCCAAGUCAUCAGGACACAUUUCUCAGCACAGGUAUAUUGUAUGAAACCAGAAUAUUUUUGUAACUACAGCAGUAUUAUAGAAGUAAAAAUAUGUUUCUCCUAUGUUUAUUACUGAUAGGAUACUUAUCACAUAAAAUUGAGAUUUCAUUUUCUGUAAUAUUGCUGACAAUUUGUAGUCCUGUAUAUAAUCCGGGCUUACAUAAAAAUGAAAAAUAAAAAUGUAAUGCAAAAUAAUGGGAUGUGUCUUUGUAUGGAGCAAUGUUGUUUUACCGGCAGAUCGUUUUAUGAAUGUAAUACCUGCUUAUAUUGAAAAACUAAGUUAU